AAAAGAUGAGCAGCUGACAUUGUUUUCUGUUUACGUUUUUUUUUUUCUUUUACAUUUUUUUGUUAUUAUCGAUUGAUUAACGAUAUUAACUUAGUCGCUGCUUCUGCAAAUCAACCCAAAAAUCUCUCUUCCCCUUUCUGUCUCUCACUGAUUUUCGUUUCAAUUUCUCUCAGAGUUAGGUCGCCCUCGAAUCACUUGGGUUUUUUCGGCAGGGAUUAUUCGCAUCGCACAAUUUAUUCCGAGGACGGAAUCCGUGAAUUUUCUGGCGAGAUGGAAUCGGAAGGGAGAUCGGGUGGUUCUGGGGUUGUGGUGAAGAGCAGAAAUUCCUCAGGUUGUUUAAUUGUGCGAAAGAAAGGGGAUGGGUUGGGUGCUACUGCUUCCACGUCUAGGAAGCUCUAUGAAUCGAAGAAAAGGACCAACCUCAGUGUGUCCGUGAGUGAUUCUGGAUCAAGUGACGAGUUGCUGAUUCCUCCUGGUAGAAGGCUUGGGUCUGAGACUAUUCGAGUUUGCAAUGGUUUGGCUGCCUCUGAGCGGGGUGGGAGUGAAAUUAGUCGGAAGAGGGACAGAAUGGAAAGAAUUAGGGGUGCGGAUAAAGGUUUGGAGCAGUGGGUAACUAAGCGAAGUAAGUUGGAUGCAUACAAUUUCGAAGAAUAUGAUGGUAUGGAUGUGGAGAACAUGAGGAGGAGGCAUUUGGAUGGUAAUGGAGUUGGUUUUGGAGGAAGAAGUUUUAUGGGAUCGGAGCAUGCUACUAGGAGUGGCAUUGAUAGGGAAUUAAAAAAUGGGUCAAGUGGACGUCUUCUUGAUAAGCGAAAUAACUCUUAUGUUGACAGGCCUAGUGGCUUGUUUCCAGGAGAUCAUGUUGAUCACAUUAGGUUCAAGAGUAACAGAGACGGCGUUCGGUUACCUAUACCCUUGCAGAGGGAGAAGUUUAAUUCCAAUGAGUCUAUUAGGGUUCAGGGGAAAAAUGGUGUUUUGAAAGUAAUGAUUAAUAAGAAGGUGUGCGGGCAAUCCAAACAAUAUUACGAUCAUCACAAAACUGUGGAAAGCAGGAGAAGGUUGGAAACUGAAGAGCCCACCAAGAGAAUGAAGACUGAAGAGACUGCCAAGUGGAAUGCUCCAACUCGUCCUUCAUCAUACUUGGAAACAAAACCUGUUGAGAAACCAGGGUUACUCAAGAGGCCGGAGAAGAAACAGAUAGCAUCAAGAAAAUCUUUGUCAAGCAAGGAUAGCAAAGGUGAUGAAGGGGAUUCAGAUAACAGUGACACAUCAUUGAAUCCCGGGGUAAGAAAUGCUGAAGCUGAUAAGCCUGUAAAAAAGAUGUUCUCCGAGGAUGAACAGACUCCUUUGCAUGAUAAACUCUCAACUACAAAAGCGAAAGAAGGAAAAAUCAAGCGUGGUAGUGGUACAGAAAAACAGAAAUUGCGAGAGCGAAUAAGGGAGAUGCUGCUGACUUCAGGUUGGACCAUAGACUAUAGACCUCGAAGGAACAGAGACUACCUGGAUGCAGUUUACAUUAAUCCGGUAGGUACAGCCUAUUGGUCUAUCAUCAAGGCCUAUGACGCGCUUCAAAAGCAAUUGAAUGAAGAUGCUAAUGAGGUCAAGGCCAAAGGGGAUAGUUCUUCUUUUGCUCCUAUUGCAGAUGAGGUGCUCAGUCAGCUAACAAGGAAAACUAGGAAAAAAAUGGAGAAAGAAUUGAAAAACAAGAAGAAAAAAUAUGAUAGUGAAAGUGAUAAUGAGAAAGAGCCUCAAAUAAGAUCUGCCAGCAACAAGCAUGAUAUGAAUAGCACUGAUAGUGAUAACAAUGAGGAGAAAUUAAGCUCCUUUAUAAAACAGGGAAGUAAGUCAAUGAAAAAUAAAAUGUUUGAUAGUAACGUUAUCAGUGCUCGGUCUAAAAUCCAGAAUGCUACCCAUCACUCAAUUGACGGAAUAGAAAAAUCAUCUGGAUGUGAUCUUCGUAUACAUGGACGGAAGAGUAAUAAGCACGGAAGAAGUACCUUGUUAGUUCGCAGUUCUAAUGAAAGAUCAAAUUCAGAAUCUGAUGGCUUUGUCCCCUAUAUGGGAAAACGGACAGUUCUUGCCUGGUUGAUUGACUCAGGAGCAGUAGAGUUAAGCCAAAAAGUUCAGUACCGCAGACGGAAGAAAGUCCUGCUGGAGGGGUGGAUCACAAGAGAUGGUAUACAUUGUGGCUGCUGUAGUAAGAUCCUCACAGUUUCAAAGUUUGAGCUUCAUGCAGGAAGCAAAUUGCCACAGCCAUAUCAAAAUAUAUUUUUGGAAUCUGGAGUUUCUCUUCUACAGUGUCAAAUAGAUGCAUGGAAUAGACAAGAGAAUUCUGAAAAAAUUGGUUUCCAUUCUGUAGAUAUUAAUGGUGAUGAUCCAAAUGAUGAUACUUGUGGUAUAUGUGCUGAUGGAGGGGAUUUAAUCUGUUGUGAUAGUUGUCCAUCAACAUUUCAUCAGAGCUGCUUGAAUAUACAGAUGCUUCCUCUUGGAGAAUGGAAUUGUCCAAAUUGCACCUGUAAAUUUUGUGGCAUAGCCAGUGUACUUUCUGAAAAAGAUGAUGCAUCGGUGCCUACCGUACAUACCUGCAACUUAUGUGAGAAAAAAUAUCAUGAUUCUUGCGCUAAGGAGAUGGAUUCCCUUCCUAAUAACCUCAGUACAUCAGACCUUUCUUUUUGUGGGAGAGAGUGCAGAGAGCUUUCUGAACAAUUGAAGAAGUAUCUUGGUACCAAGCAUGAACUAGAAGCGGGUUUUUCAUGGUCCCUCAUUCAUAGAACAGAUGAAGACUCAGACGCAGGUUGCAGAGGAAUUACUCAGAUGGUAGAAUGCAAUUCAAAGUUGGCUAUUGCGCUGACUGUGAUGAAUGAAUGCUUUUUACCUGUUAUUGAUCGGAGGAGUGGGAUCAAUUUAAUCCGUAACAUUUUAUAUAAUAGUGGAUCGAACUUUAAUCGGUUGAACUAUGGUGGCUUUUACACUGCUAUCUUGGAGAGAGGGGAUGAAAUCAUUGCUGCAGCAUCUAUCCGGUUCCACGGAACUAAGAUAGCUGAGAUGCCAUUCAUUGGAACUCGUCAUAUAUAUAGGCGUCAGGGGAUGUGUCGUCGGCUUUUCUCUUCCAUUGAAUUGGCCCUUUGCUCUAUGAAGAUCGAAAAACUAGUUAUUCCUGCAAUUGCUGAACUAACACAUGCAUGGACAACAGUUUUUGGCUUCACACAUCUGGACGAAUCACUCAGGCAAGAACUGAGGUCACUGAAUAUGGUGGUCUUCCCUGGUAUUGAUAUGUUACAGAAGCUGUUAGUGGAAAGUAAUAAAACUGCAGGUUCUGAGAAAAUUGGACAUGAAGAUGACGAUUUUAUCCAUACCAAAAUGGGAAAUAGGUCAGAUAUGGGUUCUUCAACUCCACAAGAUCCUCGUGGAAGUGAUGAUGUUAGUUCAAAUCCUGUUAAUGAGACGAAUGAUGAAUGCAGCGAUGCUUCUCAAUAUCUAAACCAAGUUUUGGUCGAUGGGAUUCUCUGUUCGAAAUCUCAUUCUGAGGAAAUGGUGUCUGAUUCGGUUUCAGAUAAAUGUGUUUCUCCUUCUAGAACUAGUCACAGUGCACUAAAAAUGAAGAAUAAAGUGGUGGCUGCUCCUCCUGUUGAUAAAUUAAAUCCCACUUCUGUGAGAAAUCACCCAGAAGAUAUUCCAAAUGUUCAAGCUUUGGUUCAGGAAACUGCUUGUUCUGAUCCAUGUUCAGCAGAAAAUCUUGAGAACAAAUGUCACUCGUUCACUGCUAUGAAUUGUGAUUCGUUGGAGCUUGACGUUAGUCCAGUUUUGAAUUCUCAAAAGUCAGACAAUACUCCACCUACUAAAGAGGCUUAUAUGAAUGACGCUCUUGAAACUGUUACUUCAGGGAUUUUAUCAGAAGAGAAUAUUAUUCUAAAGCGAAGUAAUCAAAAUGUCGAUGUCUCCAUUUCUGCUCUCAAUCAUGCCGAUGAGAGUUUGUUGCGACUGGGAUCUGGUUCCAACGCUGAAUUUGGAUGUGAAAAUGGGAAGGAUUUGAUUUUGAACCGAAUAGUUGCUUCCAAUGAAACAUGUCUUGAUGAAAAUGGCUUAAAUGCUUCCGAUGAUAGUUCCGAGACUGUUGUGGUCUAACAGAAUAACCCAGUUCUGUACUGCUUGUGAUAUACUCAUAAGUUUUCGUUUCAGAGCUUAAUUGCGUUGUAUGUGAGUCAAUUUUCAAGGCUUUAGAAGCUUCUGCGUUGUGAUUUGAUAUCGGUAUCAUGAAUAAAUCUAUUGAUUUUGAUGGAAGCAAGAAACUGUGUUUCCUUGUA